CACACUGCGCUCACCACGCCCAGCGCCACAGGCAGUGCCGUACGCUCGCAACCUUAUCCCCUGGGAGAGACAGUUUGGGCGUUGUUCAUCUCACGUCGAAGGAGAACAGCAGGGCGAAGAAGGAGACGCGGCUCCUGAUUAAACUGGUGGAAAAUUCCUUGGUUGGGCAGGAUUUUUGAAAACGCUUCUUCCUUCCACGCUGCACCAGACGCUGCACGCCAGGGCUCUCUCGCUCUCUUCCGCGCAUCUGCACGACAGCAGCGUCACGUCAAAGGUCAAUUUUGUUCCAGGGAAGAGAGGAAGGUGCUUACUGUGCCCCAACGAUUCAGUGGGACAGAUAGAGAAAGGGGCAACAGGACAGGCGGCGACGGCCUGGGUUUUGGGUAUUGAGCAGCCUCUUUUCGGAGACCUUCGGAGAUUUUCGUUUCGGAGAUCUACGCCAACUUGGAGAGAGAGAGCGAAGUCUGCGACGACAAAAGGCCGCAGGCGCGGAGACGUACCGGAGAGAGUUCAUCUGGCCUAGGGUCUCUGUGCAUUGGUCAAACAUCAGGAUGGGGCUCGUGUCGUGGGUCAAGAGACAUUACUACCACUAUACCAUCAGCACCGGGACGUACUCCUUCUACCCGGUGGAGCGGGUCCUGGUGAACGCGUUCACCUUCACGUUGUUUAGUCUCACGGCCUAUUAUGCCGCGCGUAGCGCGUGGUUUGGGGCUUUGUUUAUUGGUGAUUUGAUAAGUCCCCAACCGCUAGGCUCGUGAACACGAGAGAGGUGCAUUGUUGUUGUAUUGGUGUUGUUGUUGCUUCUCUUUUGCGCCCACGACUGCUACAUAUAUCUCUUCUAUAAUACAAAGCGUCCUGCAAUGAGAGUCUGUCUGCUGUCCUUUUGUAGCCUAGAAGUCAUGCUUGCUGCCAUGAGAGUCUGUCUGCUAUCCUUCUGUAGUCACCCUAACAAAGGUUUGAAGAAGCGGGGCUGGCGCUGGGUGGGGGGGAUUAAGGAUAUGCAGAGUACCAGCAGCGUCUGUCGCUUUCUGCGGUGAGGCUACGACUGGGAGAACGUCUGAUCGUGUAGAUAUACCAUCAUCUUGACAACGUUGCAUACGAGACAAGACAACAUAUGCUCUGCUGCCCGCCAAUGUGUGAGUGAUUCAUGUGAGUCGGUUGUGUCCAGCGUUGGUGGUUGUCUCUGGUCUCGUACUUACAUUUUCUGCCCGGAAUCGUCGGCACCAAUAUCCCGCCUAUUGGAUUCCCCUCCUUGUUGCGUUCAGAGGGCUUUUUGCUCAGCACGUAGGUUAUUUUUUGUCCAGGGGUGGACGAGGGAGAUCAAACCAGGUUGCUGGCCAGUUUCGUUUGGGGUUUCGUGGGUAAUAGGUUCUACAUUCAUCAGUAUUUAAGGUGCACUGUACGUAGGUCAAGCCUCCGCAUUGUGUCGCCAAGUUCAGGCUGCGUGUUGAAAGCACAAAAAUUGUAGGACCGACACCGCCUUGUAGAUGGGAGGGAGUACACGAAUGGGUUGAAAGUUCCAAGGAGAGUCAUUGGCUCACAUGUGAAGCGAAGAACCAUGAGACAUAAGCCUACUGAAGUUUGGAAAGGAAGAUCCAAGAAGUGAGAGACACGUUUGCAUCUUGCAUUUGCGCUAUUCGCAAGACAACUUUGGUGUGGUGAAAUUAUUUGCCUUGUGUGGUAGGAAUCUCUGCUCCAGACAGGAACAUACGAGAUGCCCUUGUUUGUCGUUCCUUGACGACGUGACCACCUUCUCUUGGGGGACAUUCCUCGUCUCUGCAGGCCCGAGGAAGGUGUUUUUAUGCGAUUGUUCGUCACUGAUUUACUUGCAGAGUGCACAGGGUAAAACGUUUUUCCGUCGAGUCCCAAACAAAGCUGCCAGCGAAAGCGGCAAGCUCUUGACUGUCGUCUUCAUGUCUUCACAGCUUCAAGUGCAUUCUAACAUGGUCACGGUUUAAGCUCAU